AUGUUUAGGGUGCUGAUGGGGCUCCCUAGAUUCUGCAGUGCAUCUGGCAUGUUCACCGACGCACACGUAGAGGACUUCCACGCCAUUAUGCAACUUGAGCAAACGAUCGCCUCUCUCAAAAUGGACAUUAAUGACCGCGAUCAGGAGAUCCUGAGUAACGAUAUCGAAAUAUCAGGCAUCCCGGAGGAGACUAACGAGCGUGCAUUGCACCUUGCGCUUUCCGUAUCUAACAAACUGGGUGUUACGUUGGACGAUAAAGAUAUAGUGCAUGCGGAACGCGCCGGACCACUGCGCCGCGGCGAGCCACAAGACGGCGGAGCUCCUAGGCCCCGUCCGCUGGUCGUGAGGCUAGCGCGCCGCGCGCAGCGCGAUCAGUUGCUUGCCGCGGCGCGCGUUCGGCGAGGUAUCACUACGGCCGACAUGGGACUUACGUCAACUCCAAAAACCUUUUACGUCAACGAAAGGUUAACGCGUCAUAAUCGUCAGCUUUUUUACAAAGCCCGAACCGAAGCUUCGAGUAGAAAUUGGAAGUUUGUAUGGACACGAGAUGGGUGCAUUUACGCCCGGAAGGAGCCGGGAGGUCCGCGUCACCGAUUACGAACUGAGGCUGAUGUGGAUAAAGUUUUUUGCUAA